UAUACACAUAUAAUGGAUACUACUACUACAUCGACAACGACGACAGAAGUUGCACAAAGUCCCGAUGUUUUAAUAACAACAACAACACAACAACAGUGGCCAGCGGUAAAGCCACUUGAGAGACCUUUGAUGUUUGCUUUCCAGAUGGAGGACCCACAGCCAAUCAAGUACCCAUGUCUAAGAUGCGACUUUGUAGUGUUUGACUCAAGAGCGAUUCUCGAACAUCUAUUGCAAGAGCACAAGUUGGUCAUUGGAGAUGUGAACUCUGUGGCCAACUUGUCAUCAUACCUCGAGCAUUGGCGCAAUGUGAUGCGUGGCAAGCCCAUCGAAGAUUACACCACUAGCAUCAACGAUAAGCACACGGACAAGCCCGACGAGAUGUACUAUCUGUUGAGCGAUAUCCUGCCUGAGGACCAGGAGCUGCGUCGCAUGCUGCAGACCGAGCGUCUGAUCUUCAUUCUGGAGCAGCAGCACCGCGAGCGCUCUGAUCAGCACUUUAGCAGCGUGUGUCCAAUGUGCCCGGUCGAGUUCCGCGGUGACCGCGCUGCCGUCUCGACGCACAUGUUUGAGACGCAUAACUUUAACAUUGGUCUGCCCGACAACUUGGUCAACAUCAACGAGCUGCUCGACCUGCUGCGCACCAAGUACGACGCCAACCAGUGUCUGUUCUGCGAGAAGACGUUCAAGAGCCAGGUGGUGCUCAAAAUGCACAUGAAGAAGAAGAAGCACUGUCGUCUGAAUCCCAACAACACCGAGUACGACCGCUUCUACCUGCUCAACUACAUGGAGCCCGGCAAGAACUGGGAGGAGCUAAAGAAGGAGGAGGAGGAGGACAGCUCGGGCGAGCAGACCCCCAACAACCUCGACCUCGUCAAGCAGGUUGAGAGCGAGGGACACGUGUCCACUCAAUGGGACGACUGGACAGAGGACAAAGACGAAGACCAAGAAGAGACCGUCGUCUGUCUCUUCUGUCCCAACGAGUUUGAUGGCGCAGAUCUUGUAUUCCAACACAUGGUCAAUGUACAUAACUUUGAUUUCCACGUCAUCCGAAAGGAAUGGAAGCUGGACUACUAUGAUACAAUCAAGAUGCUCAACUUCAUUCGCAGACAUCAAUAUGAGAUGAAUUGCUGUCAUUGUGGAUCGGCGUUUGAGAGUGAUGACUCGUUGGAGAAGCAUCAGAAGGAUGCUGGACACUGUGGCGUCAUGCGCCAAUUGGAUAUCUGGCGUGAUGCUCAAUAUUUGCUGCCAACCUACGAGAACGACAGUCUGCUUCGUUCAUUCGAGGACUUUGACGACAACGAGGACAAAGAGUACGAGUGCAGUGAGCAACAAUACAGGGAGGAGUUGCUUGGAUCUCUUAAGCAAGAGAGAGACGAGGUCCUUGUGCGUCUGGGCGAUGUCAACCUUCGC